UUCCGUACUUGACCCAUACCUUUUCCGCUAUGCCAGUUGUCGAAGUCCCGCUCUUACCACGUCUUCCUCGUGCCGGCAUAGGCUCUAAUCUGCGAGACAGAAUCCCCUUUCCGACGUUCGAAGGCUGUCCUACUGCAGGACAACCGGAUGGAAAGUAUCUCGGCAGCGAUGGUACUCCGCUUCGCCCCUGGUGUUUUGUGGGCGAGAUUACAGAAGUCGAUGCCAUGACUCACAAGCUACAUUUGGUGGCCACGGACAUGGAAGGCCGGCGCGACGUGCACAUUUACUGCAACGGCGAGGACCUCGAGAAACGGCUGCAUUACCAGGGAGCUCAGCCCCACAUAGGGUAUACAGUCGCAGUUCUCUACGCGAGCAAGAGGGAGUUAAUAGAGGGAGGCGUCGGCUUAAUUGUGGAGGACGUUUUAUUUAUGAAGGUACACUAAUUCACG